AUGAUAGGUAACCCCGACGAAGUCUUUGAAUUGCGUCGAGAUUCUUCCGGCUGCUUCGCAAUGGGCUAUCUGGUGGUGAUGAAGGAUGUCUACGACGGGAUUGGCAUUCUUCUGUUGUCGUGGGCACUCCCGCCGGCGUGGGCGGAGUUAGGUUGAAA